AGGCAGGAGCGCUCCCCGCUCUCCCGGGCAGCAGCUGCGGGAGCUCUGGAUGCCAGGAGGAGAGUGAACAGUGCAGCUCUGGAGAUGAAACCUCCACGAGGGCAAGGCUUGAGGCUGGCAUACCUUCUGCUGAGCCUGGCUUCCCUCUGCCUUCCCAGCCCUCUCUGGAAGGACCGGGACUCCCUGAUGCAGGAGGAGAAAUCCCAUCAGACAGGAGGCAACUUGGUGCUGAGCAGGCAGGAGCAGCUGCUCAGCACAAAGCUGGUAAACCUCAAGAAGAAGGAAGUGGAAACAGCCAUAACUACAGGACAGUUUCCUCCAAGCAUGCACUUCUUCAGAGCAAAAAGCCUCAUUGAUCAGAGCCCAGUGUUCAGCAUCUUAAAGCGCAUGCCAAAAGGUGCCGUGCUCCACCUGCACGACUUUGCCAUGCUGAGCGUGGGCUGGCUAGUGUACAAUGCCUCCUACUUGCCCGACUGCUACAUCUGCUUCACCAGCACGGGCUCGGUGCGCUUCCGCUUCUCCCGGCCGCGCCCGCCCCGCCCGCCGGCCCAGUGCUCCCAGUGGCAGCUGCUGGGCACCUACCGGGCACAGCUCAGCCACGUGGCCGACUUCGACAGGGGCUUGCUGAGAAACCUGACCCUGGUGACAGAUGCCCCUGAGCUGGCCUACCCCUCUCAGACUUUGAUUUGGAAAAGAUUUGAAGAGAUCUUUCUCACUGCCUCUGGACUGAUCUGCUAUGCACCUGUGUUCAGGGCCUAUUUCUACCAGGGGCUGCUGGAGCUCUAUGAAGAUAACAUACAGUAUGUUGAGAUAAGAGCCAUCCUGCCUGCGGUGUAUGAACUGGAUGGCACCCAGCACGACAAAUCAUGGUCUGUGGCAACCUACCGGGAAGUGACCAGGCAGUUCGUGAAGGAGCACCCAGACUUUGUCGGAGCCAAGAUUAUAUUUGCAGCACACAGGAUGCUGAAUGUUUCCCAGAUCAAAGAAGCCAUCCUCACUGCCAUGGCACUCAGAGCCAGCUUCCCAGACACCCUGGCAGGCUUCGACCUGGUUGGUGAUGAGGAUGAAGGCCAUUCUUUGUGGGACCUGAAGGAUGCCCUGACCAUCCCAUACUCCAUGGGGGUCAACUUGCCAUACUUCUUCCAUGCUGGGGAGACUGACUGGCAGGGCACCUCUGUAGACAAUAAUGUGCUGGAUGCAUUGCUACUGAAUACCAGCAGGAUUGGCCACGGACUUGCUCUCACAAAACACCCAGUAGCCAAAAGUUUGUCUCUGAAGAUGGAUAUUCCUGUGGAAGUCUGUCCCAUCUCCAACCAGGUCCUGCUGCUGGUAGCUGACCUGAGGAGUCACCCUGCAGCUGACCUCAUGGCUGAGGGGCACCCCAUGGUGAUCAGCCCCGAUGAUCCCCCCAUCUUUGGGGCCAAGGGAGUCUCCUAUGACUUCUACGAGGUGUUCAUGGCCAUUGGAGGGGUGAAUGCUGACCUGAGGACCCUGAAACAACUUGCACUCAACUCCAUCAAAUACAGCGCCAUGCUACCGGAUGAGAAAGCCAAGGCCAGAGAGGUCUGGCAGAAAAAAUGGGACCAAUUUGUGGCUGAGCUCUCUGAUAGCUUUCUAAGGGAGCUGUAAGAGGACAAGGCUCAUCUCAGAAGGCAUUUGGCAAGCCAGGGUGAGCCAGAGUGAUUGCUGAGAGGGAGGCUGCUUCUUCCAUGUGACCUGAGCAGAUGAAUGGACGUCCAAGUCUCACCUGGCAGUGGGAACUCUGCUAAGCCAGGCUUAAUGGGAUUAAAGCUAAGAAGGAACUGCACUAUCCUGUGAAACUCAUGGGCUGGAGGUAAAAGGAAGCAGCGAUCCUUUAGAGCAAUCACAAGAAAUCUCCCUGCUCAAAAGAGUCAAAACAAUUAAAAAUUGCCACUGACCAAACCCUGACACCCUUACUCAGGAAAAGCUCACUUUCCAAUUGGAGCCAGCAGCAGAUUGCCAAAACGAGGAUCUCUGAAUUCUACCUUAUCAUUACAAAAUGCAGACCUUGUCUGGAAACAGCUAAGACAAACAUCCAACCAUUUGGGCCACUGACCUUCAAGGGAGCAAGGACUGAAAAUGACUCUUGUUAUGUUUAACCCUGGGCCUGCUGCCAAAAUAGCACUGCUAGGCCGAAGAACCAGUCAUAGGUCUGAUGUCUGCUAUUUCAGGACCUACCAUGGUUGGAAACAAGCUGGUGGAACUUGCUCCCAGAGCAUUUAAGCCUGGUUGCCCAGUGAUCAUAAAGCCAAAAGAGAGGUGCCUCAGUUGCCAGCAGUUUUUUUACUACCGAGUCUUUUCCUGACCUCUGGUCAAAAGAAAGACAAAACACAUUUCAGGUUAAGUCAAAAACAUCCUGGCUUCCCAGACCCAGCUUGAUUAAAAUUAUUCCCCUGCACAAGGUUCUGUUAACACAGACAUUUAUAGGAAACACCUUUUGGUUUCAGGGAGUUCCACCACCAGCCUUUGUUGCUGAACUCAUCGUGCAAAUGUGGCUUUAUUCAGCCUGUCAGGGAGAUUUUCACCUUGGUAGAGAACUUCUGUGGAUAUCCACAGGGAUUAUUUGGACCUCUAUGGUUUCCAGCUCCUUGGAAAAAAAGGAAAAAAAAAAAGCACCUACACAAGGAAUAGUCUCUUGACAAGUUGAUUCCCUGUCUUAACAUCAUCAAAAAUAGGAGGAGAACUAGUUGCAGGGAGACAAAAAAAAAAGAAAAAAAAAAAAAAAGAAAAAAAAUCUUAAUCAGGUUUCUAAAUAAAUUCAGAAAAAUCCUUCAGCACAUAAAUGCCAGGCAUGGAGCCAGGAUCAAAGAGCAUCUUCCCCCGACUUCAGCACAACCAUGCUGGAUUGCAUCAGUCAAGGGAGAACUGACAAAAGUUCCUACUGAAAGACGCCUCCCUCCUCUGAACCACAGACUCACAAAGGCUGUUGUUUCCUAAUAUGACCAGCCUGGGCCAACUGGCUCUCUUUAUGCUUUCUGUUAAUUGUCUCAAGCUGCCUGGCCAUAGUGUUUAUUUCCAGUGACCUUGGCUGGAACACCUUAGCAGGAGGCAAACACUCUUAUUACAGAAGUGGAUCGAGCUGCACAGCCUGUGUGCCCUGUGUUCAACUGCCCACAGCUCACAGGCUGCAGCUUCAUCUCUGGUCAUCCCAGAGAAAACACAAACCAACCAAACCAAACACACUGCAAACCCCAUCACAGAGCACAAACAACAUCACAACAAACUGCAGGUGUGUGCAUUGCACAAGGCAGAAACUCAAAACACAGAAAUGAAAAAGUGAGAACCCAGUCACACUCCCUGCUAACUGGGGGGGUUGAAGUGCCUCACACCCCCUGCCCUUUUCAGCCACAGCUACCUCUACUCCAGCUCUCUUUGCCAACACCUUCCUCUGAA